CGGAUGUACCUUUUUUCCCUGUUCAACAUGGCGCUGGUAAAAGUAAGAGACUUCAGCUAAUGUCAGACAGUUUGCUCAAACUUGUCCCGCUCAUGCUCUUCUAGGCACAGGAAAGUUAACAGACAGCCCUCCGAGGCAGCAGGAAAAGUUUAUUUCUGCUUUUCUGGAUCUGAUGCUUGCUUGCAGCAGCCUCCUCCAUCAGCACCAUGUUUACCAAAAAGAAGAAGCCUCGAGUCCAGAUCUCUGCUCCAUCCAACUUUGAGCACCGUGUCCACACAGACUUUGACGAACAGGAGCAGAAGUUCGUUGGGCUGCCGCGCCAAUGGCAGUCCCUCAUCGAAGACACCGCCAAGAGGCCGAAACCGUUCAUCGACGCAACCAUCAUCACGACUGUUGAGCCGCGAAAGACUAUUGUUAGAGGCAGCAAGUUGGGAGCAGACGGCUCCUUAACGUGGCUGCUCGAUGAGUUCGACACCAUGUCUGUGACUCGCUCCAACUCCCUGCGACGAGGCAGCCCUCCCGUUCAGCCUCGCAGGGACUCCGGCUCCUCAGGUGGAGUAGGCAGAGAGCACGAGAAUGGAGACCCUCAGCACAAGCACUACGCACACCAAGACAGACAAGACAGGGACAGACACAGACAGGACCACCAGGGCGAGCCCCGCCACCAUCAGCGUGGAGUCCAUCCACAUUCCAGAGACGAGGAUAUGCAGGGUCGGCCCCAGCAGCAGCCUCGGGGCCAAGAGCCCAGCAAGGCGUACAGGGACCGGAUCGGCUCGGGUCAGCACCCUCCUGCUCACAGAGACAGAGAUCCUCGGGAGCAGGAGCAGGUGGUCUGCCGGGACCAACAGAGCGACCACAGGCCCAAGUCCAGCUAUGCUGCACGCGAGGGCAGUCCAACAUCUCCAAGGGACAAGAGGCCUCUCUCUGGACCAAACAUCCGAACCCCAAACCUGCCCAUAACUGAGGGUGUGAUGAAGACCGCCCAACAGAACACACGGCCUUUCAACACGUACCCGCGGACAGACAGUGAAGGUGGACGCAGUCCCACGGGACAGGUGGGCCAUCACCAUGAAUCCCCUCAGAAUGGACCAUCCAGCAGCUCCGCCAGAGGCUCUUCCACAUCCAAGCCCCCAAUAAGCCAUCCUCCAACCCAUCACGCCUCCCACCCCAUCCUCACCCCUGAUUCCUCUCAGCACCCGCACACCCCUCACCCCAAUGUCCCGGCCCCGCGUCCCCCUGUGCCCAGCGGGCCCCCGGGGUCAGCAGCUCCGUCUCAGGGCCGCUCGCCCCAGAGGGAACCCCAGAGGGUUUCCCACGAGCAGUUCAGAGCGGCGCUGCAGAUGGUGGUGGAUCCUGGCGACCCGCGGACCUACCUGGAUCACUACAUUAAGAUCGGUGAGGGCUCCACGGGAAUUGUGUGCAUCGCCACGGUGAAGACCACGGGAAAACUGGUCGCCGUAAAGAAGAUGGACCUUCGGAAACAGCAGCGCCGAGAACUUCUCUUUAACGAGGUGGUGAUCAUGCGGGACUAUCACCAUGAGAACGUGGUGGAGAUGUACAACAGUUACCUGGUGGGGGAUGAGCUCUGGGUGGUCAUGGAGUUCCUGGAGGGAGGAGCUCUCACCGACAUCGUCACCCACACCAGGAUGAACGAGGAACAGAUCGCCACCGUGUGUCUGUCAGUUCUGAAGGCGCUGUCUGUCCUGCACACCCAGGGUGUGAUCCACAGAGACAUCAAGAGCGACUCCAUCCUCCUGACUCACGAUGGCCGGGUGAAGCUGUCAGACUUUGGUUUCUGCGCUCAGGUUUCGAAGGAAGUUCAGAGGAGGAAGUCCCUGGUUGGAACGCCGUACUGGAUGGCUCCAGAGCUUAUAUCCAGGCUGCCUUAUGGACCAGAGGUGGACAUCUGGUCUCUGGGCAUCAUGGUGAUAGAGAUGGUGGACGGAGAGCCGCCAUACUUCAACGAGCCGCCGCUUAAAGCCAUGAAGAUGAUUCGAGACAACCUGCCCCCCAAACUGAAGAACCUGCACAAGGUCUCCCCUAUCCUCAAAGGCUUCCUGGACCGGAUGUUGGUGCGGGAACCGGCCCAGCGGGCCACGGCCGACGAACUCCUGAAGCACCCGUUUCUGUCGAAGGCAGGUCCGCCAUCAUGCAUCGUCCCCCUGAUGCGGCAGAACAGGAUGAGAUGAAACGUGACACUAAAGACCUCCGGGCUGUGAAGGCGACUCAGGUGGAACAGAAUACUCCUGCACACGGAUCCGAGGCGCGUCGUUAACACCAACGCCAUAAGAAAAGAUGAAGCAGCUGUGCAGGAGUAUUCUCUUUAUCUGGUGUGAGUCACUCAACUGUGGGGAGUGCGUUCCCUAAAUAAGAGGCAAUAAUGAUGGUGUGGGUGAG